CUUUCACGAAACCAGUUGAGUAAUGAACACUCAGACUCUGAGCUUGCCUUUCUUACAUCAUUAACGAAUUGCAACUCUUUGAGAAAUUUGUGGAUCAGUGGUAAUCCUUUAAAAGGCAUUAUUCCAAAUUCAUUAGGGAAUCUCUCCAUUUCUCUUGAAAGUAUUGUCGCGAGUGGCUGCCAACUCAGAGGCACCAUCCCUACAGGGAUUAGUUAUCUAACCAACUUGAUCGAUUUGAGACUUGAUGAUAAUAACUUGACAGGGUUGAUUCCAACAUCAUCUGGACGGCUACAGAAGCUCCAGGUGUUGUAUUUUUCUCAAAACCAAAUACACGGGCCCAUUCCUAGUGGUCUAUGCCAUUUGGCAAACUUGGGAUUCUUGGAUUUGAGUUCCAAUAAACUUUCCGGAACAAUCCCUGGCUGCUUUGGGAAUCUUACUUUACUACGAGGCAUCGAUCUUCACUCCAAUGGACUAGCUUCUGAGGUACCUUCAUCUCUGUGGACCCUUAGAGAUCUCUUGGUUCUUAACUUGUCUUCAAACUUCCUCAACAGCCAAUUGCCUCUAGAAGUUGGAAACAUGAAGUCUUUAGUGGUAUUGGACCUGUCAAAGAACCAAUUUUCAGGAAACAUCCCAAGCACCAUAUCACUUCUUCAAAACCUGGUCCAACUUCACUUAUCCCAUAACAAGCUACAGGGUCAUAUGCCCCCCAAUUUUGGUGAUUUGGUGAGCUUGGAAUGCUUGGAUCUGUCUGGGAACAAUUUAUCUGGUUCUAUUCCCAAGUCAUUAGAGGCUCUGAAAUAUCUCAAAUACCUAAAUGUUUCUGUCAACAAACUACAACGAGAGAUUCCAAACGGAGGACCCUUUGCAAACUUCACUGCUGAAUCUUUCAUCUCCAACCUAGCACUUUGUGGAGCACCUCGGUUUCAAGUCAUGGCAUGUGAGAAAGAUACUAGAAGGCACACAAAAUCACUCCUCUUGAAAUGUAUUGUGCCACUGGCUGUAUCAUUAUCAAUAAUAAUAGUAGUGGUUCUCUUUGUUCUACGGAAGCAAAGACAGACUAAAUCAGAAGCACUGCAGGUUCAAGUUGAUUUGACAUUGCUUCCCAGAAUGCGUCCAAUGAUUUCACAUCAAGAACUCCUUUAUGCAACCAACUAUUUUGAUGAAGAGAAUUUGAUUGGGAAAGGAAGCUUAGGAAUGGUAUAUAAAGGGGUGUUAUCCGAUGGGUUGAUUGUUGCUGUAAAGGUUUUCAAUGUGGAAUUGCAAGGAGCUUUCAAGAGUUUUGAGGUAGAAUAUGAAGUAAUGCAGAAUAUUCGGCAUAGAAAUCUUGCCAAGAUAACCAGUAGUUGCUACAACUUGGACUUCAAAGCCUUGGUGCUUGAGUAUAUGCCUAAUGGGAGCUUAGAGAAGUGGUUGUACUCUCACAACUACUUCUUGGAUUUUGUCCAAUGAUUAAAAAUUAUGAUAGAUGUGGCAUCAGGGCUAGAGUAUCUCCAUCAUGAUUAUUCAAAUCCUGUGGUUCACUGUGACUUGAAGCCUAGCAAUAUCUUGUUAGAUGAUGACAUGGUUGCACACAUUAGUGAUUUUGGCAUUGCAAAACUGUUGAUGGGAAAUGAGUUUAUGAAGCGAACCAAAACCUUAGGCACCAUAGGCUAUAUGGCACCAGAGUAUGGUUCAGAAGGAAUAGUAUCUACGAGUGAUGUUUAUAGUAACGGGAUUAUGCUGUUGGAAGUCUUUGCAAGGAAAAAGCCUACGGAUGAAAUGUUCGUUGGGGAUCCAACAUUGAAGAGUUGGGUGGAGUCAUUAGCUAGUACAGUGAUGGAGUUCGUGGACACCAAUCUACUGGACAAAGAGGACGAACAUUUUGCCAUAAAAGAGAACUGUGUCUUAUGCAUCAUGGCAUUAGCUUUGGAAUGCACGGCUGAGUCUCCUGAGGAUAGGAUCAACAUGAGAGAUGUCGUUGCUCGACUCAAGAAGAUUAGAAUCAAAUUGUUGAUGUAA